UUCCGGUGUUCGUUUUCAAUGAAUUUCCAGCUGAUUUCAUUUUUUUCUUUUUGUUUUUCUCCCCGCAUUCGUAAACUUUUUUUUAUCGGGCAUUACGCGUUUUCAGUGUUUUACUUGAUCAAAAGCUAAGUCGUUCCGUUUGUUUGUGUGUUGGAAAAUGCUGGAAAACGAAGCAAAUCAAGAGGUAAAGGAGGAAAAAGUUGUUUUUAAAAAGAAACAACGUAAAAAUCUGAGACAGAGAAGAAAUUCCGAUGACGAGCCCGAAGAGGAACCGGUCCCGUUGGCCGACAUCAAGGAAAGACAGAAGCUACGCGAACGUCCACAUGGCGUCAGCGUCAUUGGCCUAGCAUUGGGCAAAAAAUUGGCCCCAGAGGAGGAAAUCACCAUAAAAGAUCCCUUCAAUGUCAAGACCGGUGGUCUGGUGAAUAUGCAUGCUUUGAAAUCGAGUAGCCUCAAAGAGGCUGAAGAGGAUGCCUACGAUGUGGGGAUUGGUACGAAAUUCUCUGCCGAAACCAAUAAACGUGAUGAAGACGAGGAAAUGAUGAAAUACAUUGAACAGGAGUUACAAAAACGUAAAGGUCUUGCGCAGGCCACAACAGAAAAUGAAACAGCAACAGAUGCCCAGAAAUAUUUAACACCAGAAGAGGCUGCUCUCUAUGCCUUACCUGAUCAUUUGCGACAAUCAUCUUCACAUCGUUCCGAAGAAAUGUUAUCCAAUCAAAUGUUAAAUGGCAUACCCGAGGUGGAUUUAGGCAUCGAUGCAAAAAUUAAAAAUAUCGAAGCAACUGAGGAAGCAAAACAGAAGCUCCUGCAAGAUCAAAAGAACAAAAAGGAUGGCCCGUCACAGUUUGUGCCAACCAAUAUGGCAGUUAAUUUUAUGCAGCACAAUAGAUUUAAUAUUGAGGAGAACAAUGAUGCCCAAAAGAGACGUUUCCAUCAAAGAAAAGCUGCCGAAGAGGGUCAUGUAAAUCCCAAUAAUCAAGUGGGUGUUAACGGGGUUAAGCGAGCCACAGACGAUUACCAUUAUGAUAAAUUUAAGAAACAAUUUAAACGUUAUUAAAUAUAGGUUGCAUUUAUUUUUACUUGGAGGAAA